CUGACAUGGUUAGACUAACCACCCUGCCACAAUACAACAGCUGCACAGCAGAGCGUCUCUGUGAUCUCUCAGGAUGGAUGUCUACACUAACUAUCCUUAUGAUUACUACGAUGACAUUGAGAACUUAACUGACGACGGGUUAUAUGACUUAAAUGCCACAGUGGACUGCCCAGGCUCACACCUGCAUGGCUCCAACAUCUUCCUGCCCGUACUGUAUUACCUCAUAUUUUUCACAGGCUUUCUGGGCAACCUCUUUGUGAUCUUGGUGGUUGGCAGCAAAAGUAGGAGAGGUGGACGUCUGGUGGACACGUUUGUAGUCAACCUGGCCCUGGCUGACCUCGUCUUCGUCCUCACGCUGCCGCUGUGGGCCAUCUCUGCCAGCCAGGGUGGCUACUGGGACUUUGGGCUGGCUGGGGACAUGCUGUGUAAACUGAGCAGCUACAUUAUAGCCGUGAACCGCUUCUCCAACAUCUUCUUUCUCACCUGCAUGAGUGUGGAUCGCUACCUGGCCGUGGUGAAGCUGAUGGACUCCAGGUACCUGAGGAGCAGCAGGUGCAUCCGUGCCACCUGUGCCGCAGUGUGGUUGAGCUCCCUGGUGCUCGGCAUUCCGUCCCUGGUGUAUCGCAGAGUGGAGCCAUCCGGUGACGGACUCUCCUGCGUGGAAGACAACAACUCAACAUUUUUUCUUGGCCUGAGCCUGACCAUGGCGUUACUCACCUUUGUCCUCCCAGUGUUGAUCAUCGUGCUCUGCUAUGGCACCAUCGUGGUGCAUCUCAACCGCCACUGUGCUUCAAAUCCCCGGGCUGAAGCCCGCCGCAGACACUCCCUGAAGAUGGUCCUCUCCAUCAUAGUGGCCUUCGUGGUGUCCUGGCUGCCCUUCAACAUCUUCAAAGUCAUCAUCAUCGGCUCGCAGCUCUCAGACGCUGAUCUGAGUUGUGAUGCUCAGUCGUGGCAAAGAAACGGCCUCCUGAUCUCGUGCUGCCUGGCCUUCCUCAACAGCUGUGUGAAUCCUGCCAUUUACUUUUUCCUGGACCAUCACUUCAGACGACGGGCCGAGGUCCUGUGCAUGACCUGCAUAGGGAAGCCGAAGGCACUGCAUAGUCACAACUCUUCAGCCUCAGUCACCAAUGUUGGCACCUCAGAGAGCUUUGGGACAACUGGUGGGAGAACUCAGAUGCAGAUAUGUGAGUAGGAGGAGAACGCAUAACUCAUUCCUUUCACUUUGAAUGGAGAAAGUUUAUUGAUUUAUUAUUAUUACUAUGUGAAAACCUGUCAUGCUCGUCUUGAAAGUGAUAGAUGGGCAUAGUUUAAAUGUUGAGUAAAACCAGAUACACAGCAACAAAGAAUUUUCAGUUGUACAAUAAUGGGAUUUUCCUUUGUCAUGUAUUUCCUUUAUUCUAAUUUUCUACAAAUAUUGAACAUGCUGUUUAUACUGCUUAUAGCGUACCAUAUAGUAGCCUACAGUAGUGUUGAUAUAUGAGUGAGUAUCCACUGAUAUCUUUUGUUUGUAUGAAAACCCUUAACAUGUUUUACUGCAUUAGUAGUGCAACUGUAUCAAUUUAGAGGUGUAAGAAAAAAUUGUAACCUAACUGAUAAGUUGCUUUUUUGUAAUUUUUGUGUGUAUUGAAGGCAAGAUUUCAUUAUGUUAUUGUAAAAUGUUUGGCACAUGAAUAUUUUUUAUGAAAUGUAUUUAUAUUGUUGUGAUAAAGUUGCAUUUAAAAAAUAAAAGCU